UUAACCUCGUUGGCCUUUACUUCUCCCACGUGGCUUAGAGACAAGAGAGAAGACGAUGAGUUCAGAUGAAGAUGAUGUACCCAAACUUUCAGCCCAUACUCUUGCAGCACUUCAAGAAUUCCAAUCUGAAAGAAUGCAAACAUUGAGCUUAAGUGAUAGGGCUACUACUGAAGACCCAUCAUCAAAACCCCCAGUAAUAGAAGAAGAUUGGCAACUGAGUCAGUUUUGGUAUGAUGAUCGAACAUCUCAAAUUCUUGCUGAGGAAGCAAUGAGGGCUAGUCGAUGUAAGAGGAUAGCCUGUGUCUCCUGCCCAACUCUGUACUCUAAACUGAUCUCAAUUAAGCCUUCCCAUUGCCAAGUCACUUUAUUGGAAUAUGAUAGAAGAUUUGAGAAGUACGGUGACGACUUUGUUUUUUAUGAUUACAACAACCCUCUGGAUAUUCCUGAUAAGCUGGGACAAGCUACUUUUGACCUCGUUGUUGCUGAUCCACCAUACCUAUCAGAAGAGUGUUUUUCAAAGACUGCUGAAACAGUCAAAUUCCUGUCCAAGGACAAAAUCCUACUAUGCACAGGUGCCAUUAUGGAGAAAUUAGCCCACAAACUACUGGGACUAAAGACUUGUGCUUUUGUGCCCACACAUGCAAGAAAUCUAGGGAAUGAAUUUCGAUGCUAUGCCAACUAUGAAACUAGCCUUUUAUACCAGCAACUACAUAUCACAAAUGACUUAGCAAUUGUCUGAUUCAAAUUUUGUUUGUCAAGUGUGUUCAAAUGACAUGAGCAAUGUAACAAAAUUAAUAUCCACUAAGA